AUGUAUGCCAUCAAGUCAUCGGCUCUCGUAGCCUCUAUACUGGCAUCACCAGUACUAUCUCUUGGGAUAUCUCUCCCUGCCUUGAUUCCGAGCAUUCCUGGGGUUACUGAGCCACUAGCUAGCAACGCCCCUCCAUUGCCAAUCCUUCAGCUCCCUACUCCUCCUUUGGCCAGCCCGCCCUUCACCUCAAGCGACAUCAAACCAAAGAAAAUUGGAUACUUUUGGACCGGUUCUGGAGAUAAACUGCAUGCUGAUUUUCUAGCAACUUAUAGCCUGGACGACGAUACUUUUGGUACCCUUCUUUGGGUUACCGAUGUGCCCACCAGUGGCAAUGAUCCACACCAUCUUGGACCCUCCCUUGAUGGCAAGACCUUGAUCGGUGGUGGUCUUUUGUCUCUUCUGAAGACACAAGACACGGCAUACUACUUUGAUACCAGCGACCCUUACCGUCCAGCUUUCUUGAAGAGCAACCGAGCCAUUCUUUCUUCCAUCACUGAUGAGAUUCGUGCAAAGCCUGACGGCGGCUUCUUCAUCACAUACAUGGGCUCUGCUGUUGGAACUUCGCCUGGACGCCUUGUUGAGACAGAUGCUGACUUCAACAUCAUCCAUGAAUGGCCGGAGGAUGUUGAGGGCACUCUCAAUAUCCUCGGUGAACAGUUUAGCCCCCACGGUCUCUCAGUCGAUUGGGACCACAACAUCAUCCUAACAUCGGACUUUGUGGUACCUAUCACGAUCCUCAAGCCAACCCUCGGAAUUCAGCGCGCCAACACUCUGCGAUUGUGGGAUCUGCCCACUCGCAAGAUCCUCAGCACUAUCACCAUCCCUGAAGGCGGCGGCAUUCAGGAUGUGAAGUUCAUCCCAGGUCAUCCAGAGAGCGCGGCCAUUGCUACCGCUGUGCACCUCGGUCAAGUCUGGAUCAUCUACCCUUUCCGCAAGGAUGCCGACGGGAACCAGGGCGUAGCCAAGGUCCUCUACGACUUGGGUCCUAAGGCCCGGGAUACCGUUGCGAUCUACUCAGACAUCUCACAGGACGGGCGUUUCGCGUACUUUACUCUUACAACCGCCAAUCACAUUGCAGCACUCGACAUCAGCGACCUGGAUAAUGUCAAGCGCCUCGACGACCCGGAUGAGGAGCAGCCUACCAUUGGUCCGCAUUACGUCAAGCUCACCCCCGAUCAGAAGCAUUUGGUCGUCACCGACUACUUCGUGCAGACCGGCGAGAUUGGCGUCAUCAACACCCCAUCGGACUACAAGGCGCUAUAUAUCGACGUUCUGGAUGAUGGUUCAUUGAGCUUCAACCGCAGUAUUGACUUCACCCGGGAGUUCUCCAACCGUGGUGGCGGCAAACCUCACUCGUCUGUAGUCUUUGACUUGACCGACCCUGAGAAGCCAUACUACUACUAG